CAGUACAAAUCUCCUGCAAAAACUUCUGAAUUUCAUUUGAGCCGACUCUCUGUUUCCAAUGCACUGUUUGAGAGUGAGGAGGAGAGUGAUAGUGAAAGUGAGAGUGAGGAGGAGAGUGAUAGUGAAAGUGAGAGUGAGGAGGAGAGUGAUAGUGAAAGUGAGAGUGAGGAGGAGAGUGAUAGUGAAAGUGAGAGUGAGGAGGAGAGUGAUAGUGAAAGUGAGAGUGAGGAGGAGAGUGAUAGUGAAAGUGAGAGUGAGGAGGAGAGUGAUAGUGAAAGUGAGAGUGAGGAGGAGAGUGAUAGUGAAAGUGAGAGUGAGGAGGAGAGUGAUAGUGAAAGUGAGAGUGAGGAGGAGAGUGAUAGUGAAAGUGAGAGUGAGGAGGAGAGUGAUAGUGAAAGUGAGAGUGAGGAGGAGAGUGAUAGUGAAAGUGAGAGUGAGGAGGAGAGUGAUAGUGAAAGUGAGAGUGAGGAGGAGAGUGAUAGUGAAAGUGAGAGUGAGGAGGAGAGUGAUAGUGAAAGUGAGAGUGAGGAGGAGAGUGAUAGUGAAAGUGAGAGUGAGGAGGAGAGUGAUAGUGAAAGUGAGAGUGAGGAGGAGAGUGAUAGUGAAAGCCGCCGUACUGUCGAAUCCUCCGAAGAAAGUGAGAGUGAGGAGGAGAGUGUUAGUGAAAGUGAGAGUGAGGAGGAGAGUGAUAGUGAAAGUGAGAGUGAGGAGGAGAGUGAUAGUGAAAGUGAGAGUGGGGAAGUUUUGAUGAGGAUGAUAGUGAGGUUUUGCGAGGUCGGCAAACCUUUCUGGAACACGUCAGAGCUGAUCAGCGUCGAGAAAAUUAUCCUAGACCUGAUCAAAGAUGGGAAGACUAUAGGCAUGAUCAGCGAUGGCAGGAUUACUGUAGACCUCGUCAACGAUGGGAGGAUUAUCGUAGACACAGCCCACAACAGGGAGAUUAUAGACCCGAGAUGUGUACCCUCAAGCCGAGGGACAUCCCCAAGAAUCUCAUAUUCAAAGACAAAGGAAGCUGGUCUUUCUUUAAGAAACGCUUUAUGGCAUUUACUGAAGAGUAUGAGCUCUCACCAAAAGCUAGAAUCGAAACACUCUGUUGGUGUGUGGAGGGACCUGCGGCUGAUUUCUAUGUGA